GUCCUCGACGUCCUCGACGUCCUCGGGAUCGUCGAUCGUCGUCGGUACGGUGGUGCGUUUGGUGUGGUUGGUGAGGGUGUUGGUAGUGGUGUAACAACGUCGGAGGUUUUUCGUGACAGGGAUACUACGUCAGGAUCAUCGUCGUCGCCGGCGCCGAGUGAUCAACACCUGGUGAACGAAGCACGGAGAACCCGUGGUUGCAACGGCUACGGAACACCACAACUGCGUCAACAUGCCGCGCUGCCUCAUGGCCAAGAAAUGGAAGGCCUACCCGUGGCCGGAUCGUGUCGACGAUCCACAGGAAGAACAGAACGAUCCUUCGAACAUUCUACAGGAGCAGGGGAACCACGGGAUACAGCAGACUUCCGCGUCAUUAGAGAAGAGGCAACACAGGCAUGAGCCAGAGGACGAGGAGAUCGACGUGGUUGGGGAUACGGAUAGCAGGCAAGUCGAUCAUCAGCAGACCUGUUGGGGUCCGCAUAGUCCAACCGCUGGUGCCACUGCACCUAGUCCACCACCACUGAACGCAUCUGGUGCUCUGUAUUAUCAUGGUUACACGCACGAGUCAUGGAUCAACCACGAAGAACCACCAAAGUACGCGACGCUGCGCUCAGCGGCGGAGUUGGCCCGACCAGUGGAACCAUCUCCGCCGCCUCCAGCCGCGCCUCAAGAGCUGGCCGCGGUGAUGACCGGGUCCAGCCUGCACCAACCACACCCAGCAGCCCCAAUGACAACUCCGUCGUCGUCGUCCACCUCGCUAUGUUUGCCCCCGAGGAAAAGCCUCUCGAUGUGUUUCACCAGCACAGGGACGGCGCUAUCGCUGCCCCCGAAGAAGAAGGACAUUUACAGGCCAUAUAGCCUCCAGACGACAGGCCAGCUGCAGCCGACACAGUUGCAGCCGGCGCCGACCGCGCAGCCUAUCCCUGUCUCCGUGCUGGUACCGGUGCCCAGCUCGCAAACUAACCAAUUGCGACAACAGGAGCAAACCCCGCAGCCUCAGUCGCCCGCCACCGCGGAGGCCAACGCAAAUUGCUCCGCCGGAAGAGAUGGCACCAGCAGCGGCAGCAAGACGGUGGCCUACACGUACGAAGCAUUCUUCGUGUCGGAUGGCCGGUCGAAGCGUCGCAGUGUGAAUACAAAUGGCGCCGCGGUGCCUGACAAGGAGGCUGCUCAGCCGGAUAGGCCAAAGUUCACGUGCACGGAGUGCGGCAAACAGUACGCAACCUCGUCGAACCUGUCCCGGCACAAACAGACGCAUCGCAGUCUCGACUCUCAAUCGGCAAAGAAGUGCAUUCACUGUGGCAAAGCGUACGUGAGCAUGCCAGCCCUGGCGAUGCACGUGCUGACCCACAAGUUGGCCCACAGCUGCGGCGUCUGUGGCAAGAUGUUCUCCAGGCCUUGGCUGCUACAAGGCCAUCUGAGAAGUCACACGGGAGAGAAGCCAUACGGGUGCGCGCAUUGCGGCAAAGCGUUCGCCGAUCGGUCGAAUCUACGUGCCCACAUGCAGACGCAUUCCGCGGACAAGAACUACGAGUGCUCGAGAUGCCACAAAACCUUCGCUCUCAAGUCCUAUCUGAACAAACACCUGGAGUCCGCUUGUUUACGCGACGACGAGAUGCCGCCGCAACAACAGCAACAACAGCAACCUGCUACCAAUGGUAGCAACGCGACGACGCAACAUCAACAAAGCAACAAUCGUGGUUUGUAGCAGCGCUUCGACGACAGGAAGACCACGACCAGGCGCCUCGACGCCCUAGAGACCGCUGCUAGGGAGAGCUAGCGGUCGUUCCCAGCGACGCCCGGCUAACCGGGACGACGAGGCAAGAUCGAUGGAAGAAGAUUGACGGGGAUGAGGAGGGAGAAAGGGAGAAAGAAUAAAGGUUUGCCGUAGGUUUUAAGUAGAAAAGUGCCAGUAGAGAAAAUGGAGGAUAAUAGAGAGAAGUAACCUAAUGGUAGAUGGGUAGAGGGUGAAGAGAGGGGGAAAUGAUAGGAGUGUGUCGGUUUCUUAAAUAAUGUCUAACAUUAAUAAAAACGUCCAAUAAUGUUAAGUCUUAAAACGAGCAGAAAGAAAAAGAAGAAUAAAAAACAAGAUGAAACGACGAUGGAUAAAGGAGAGAACGAUGAAAAAAAAAAAAAGAUGAGAUGAAAGAAACGAGAACAAAGAACACGUCGAACGGUGACGUCCACACUGCAGUCUAGUCACUCUAGUCGAUUAUAUCUAAUACAUUAUGAUAUUAUAUUAUUAUAUUAUAUAUUAUAUUAUUAUUAUAUAUAUAGUAUAUUUACUAGCGCGUACGGUUCUAGUCGCGAGCUCGUUACGGAGACACACUAUUUAUUGAUACUUAGCUGCCUAAAUGAAAUAACGAAUAAAAAGAAAAUUCUUCGAGGAUUAAACAAGAAUUACACACGUACACGCAUAUAACAAACCAAGGGGGACACACACCACGAUAUAACGAUAAUAACGACGAUAACGAAGCAGAUUAUUGAAAGGAAAUUAAAAGACGAUAGAUUCGGUGCAAUAACGACUCAAUUAGAAGAAGGCUCGACUUAACCACGAGCUAACGAAAUUUCCGGCCGGUUUUCGAUUCUCCCCAAAUCCUUUCCCCCGCGAGACCCUGCAUCGACGCUCGUCCUCAGCGUUCUAAUGCCAAUGCAUUGGCGACACGGGUAUCGAAUCGUGUCUAGAGAUCGAUUCGUCGUUCUCGUUGAAACGUACAGUCGUCACCGGACCACUUCGUUUCUUCCGAAGAGCAUCGGAUCGAAUCUCGAGACGAUCGGCCCUCUCCCAUGUUCCUUUUUUCGAUGGCUCCUUCCACGGUUGGACCACAAUUACACUCGACCACAGGGCGAUCGACGGAUGAUGGAUACUCUCGAUACAGGCGCCGGUGCAGGCCUGUACGUUUCUUUCGAUGAUAAGGAAGGAGGUUGUAUAUAACUGGCUCGUGUAACUUGUUUUCAUUUUUCUCACGUUGAUUGUUAGAUCUCUUGGCGGCCGUUUGAUGGUAACUUUUGCGGUUGAGUAGUGGACAAGGGAGUAUUUGAUCAGUAGCAGCCUUUUCAAGAAAGACAUAGAAAAGCAAAAAUCGAAAUUCAAUUUUAUGUAGACCAUAUGUGAAGGAUCUGAAGUGCUCGAGUAGACAAAAUCGGGCUAAUUAUUUAGGCAGGAGAGAAAAAUGAAUCUCCCGUUUGUUUCAUAGAAAUUAGUAGAAAAUUCGAAGAUUCUACGCCAUACAUUGCAUAAGAAUUAUACCGGACGAAAUAAUAAUGCGAUAGAUGUCAAAAAUUUCCUUGCUCGCCACCGUGUACCUCGACCAUCCCAAUACGCUCUACGUCAUGCAAAACCGUUUCAUUCUUACGAACGACAGUUCGUAGAACUCCUCAACUUUUCAAAUAUUUAAUUCCAUCAAUUUUCUCAUUGUUAUUUUUACCUCGCACAGAAGAACACGGUUCCCAUAAAAGAACGGGGAGAGAGAAAAAAAAAAAGAAGAGAAAGUCAUCGACAGUGAUGCGUGGCAUAGAACGUGUUAACGACACGUGGACAUCGAUCGAGCUGCCUCGAGGUCGUCGUAUUUGCAAUACUUCCAACGUGUUCAUAGUUUUCAGCGAUGUUACACGAUCGGUUAUAUAGAAGCUCGAAUACGAAAUAAAGUAAUAUUCUAAGCGCGUUCACACGCGUACACAUUUACAUUACACAGUAGGUAUACAUAAGAACACGUAGGAGAAACAGACAAAUAUACACAGACACACGACACGAAGCGCGUUACACGUAAUAUUUAGAGCAGAUUCGAGUAAUAGAUGCGUAACUUUGUUAUACACAUAUUUUAUAGAAGCAAUAUAACGAGUAAGGAAAAAAAAGUAAUAAUGACGACGCGUACGGUCAAAAGCAAUGUUUCGACACAACGAAUUAUAUAAUUAUACAUAUAGAGGCGAACAUCGAAGUUUUAACGUGAUGGAAAACGAUGAUUUGCUUCGGCAGAAACUUCUUCGAUCGUCUGAACCCUAACCACGCUCUUCCGUUUUUCGCGAUCGUCGUUCAAAAUUGGCGCCACGACCAGUCGGAUUUCGCGACUCGUAAAAAUUCAUCGAUUCUGCCUCUUUUAAACUAAAGCAAUAUCUUCAAACGUUCCAACGAACAGGCCGCUUCCAUUUUAGAAUUUAACGAAAGAAAAUAAUUGAAUAUUUAUCGGUUCGAUGGUGGGAGAGAUCGACUAAUCAGUGGCUUCGUGGUUUGCCUUUUAACGAUGGAGAAUGCGCUUCGUAAGGCUUAAUUAGCUUCUGAUAUCUUUUAAACGAGCUCAAGUAAGCUUUGUGCAACGAACAUUUGGAACACCAAUCUAGUCUUAAAAAGAAAUUCCGUUUAAGUAUAUUUUAUAUAACGAACAGAAUGACAAACGCUCCGAAUGACAAACGUAGUGUUAGUGACGCGUGUGAAACUCCCGCUCUGUAAGCAACGCAACGAUUACACAUCGAAAUUCGCGAAUCCUUUUAUCGUAAUAUUAAACGCAAAUCCUUGGAACUACGUUUUGUAGAAAAAAAAAAAAA